CAUCUAUGUGGUCCGCCUGACACUUGAUCGAGGGGAGAGAUGCGCCCUCAGCAGCCGCUGUGAGGACGGGGAAAGGGAAGGGCACCGGGAACACAUGAACCUCAACACACACUCCAGUCUACCUGGACUUUUUUUUUUCCCCCCUCGUCGUUUUGCUCUUCGCAGAGAAGCGGAGGAAGUGAUUUGUGAGCAGCUGCGUAAGGAGAAGAAGAAGACCACACAUUGUUGACGGGCUUUAUGUCGCGCGCUCGGGUUUUCUCUCCACUGGAGCGGCGCACUUGAUGGAAAUACAGAAAGCGGACUCUUCUUGAAGGGCUAUGGUGGCUGAAUCAGGUAGCAAUGGCGUGGCCUCAGGACUAUGGAAGAUAGGCACGACAAUCAAUGAGGACAUCCGUCUUUAGAGAAACGGCUUCAUGUUCAUGGAUACCUUUCCCGCUCAGCGUUGUCCUCAAGUAGAGGUUUAACAUCAGUCCAUCCUUUUUUUUCUUUUCCCCCCUCUUAUUUUCUCGAGUCUGCCUGACUGCAGCCUCAGCCCCGAACCCUGACACCAGCAGGCAGCAUUGAGUGAUUGGUCAUUACUUCCAAGGGCGUCUACACAGCAAGACAAAAAAAUCCCCGGGGAGGCUUGCUGCAGUUGGUGGUGGCGGUGGCAGAGGCAGUGAGUCAGUCGCCUCGGCAGCUGCAGCAAAUGAUUCAUUAUUUGUGAAGUUAACAGCUCAGACCACUUAAUCUACAAGGACCAAUUUCUAUCUGGAGGGAAUCGGUCCAAUAUGAAGGACGUGUCAUUCGUGGAUUGUCUCUUUGUUGGCUUGGCCGUGGCCUCUUUUGUUUUGGCCACCGAGGAGAGGCCUGAUUGCCCAAAGCUCUGUGUAUGUGAGAUUAGACCGUGGUUUUCUCCAAGUUCGGUGUAUAUGGAGGCACAGACAGUGGACUGUAAUGACUUGGGACUCUUUAGCUUGCCGGAAAACCUACCAGUGGGCACACAAGUACUUUUACUGCAAACAAACAAUGUGGCUAAAAUUAACCAACCCUUGGAUUACCUGGCCAACAUCACAGAGAUUGAUCUAUCGCAAAACAACUUAUCAUCCAUCAGCGACAUCCAUCUGGGGAGUCUGCCCCAGCUGCUUUCCCUUCAUAUGGAGGAAAAUUGGAUACGAGAAUUGCCAGGAUGCUGUCUUUCUGACGUCCCUAACCUCCAGGAGCUCUACAUGAACCACAACUUAAUUUCUUCAAUUUCCCCGACGGCUUUCCAGGGUCUCAGCAAUCUCUUGCGACUCCACCUCAAUUCCAACAAGCUGAAGGUGAUUAAAAGAGAGUGGUUUGAACCCAUGCCUAAUCUUGAGAUCCUCAUGAUUGGUGAGAAUCCUGUUCUCUCUAUUGAUGAUAUGAACUUUAAACCUCUCAGUAAUCUCCGCAGUCUUGUUCUCACUCGGAUGAACCUGUCCCAGCUUCCUGAAGAUGCACUGGCCGGGCUUGAUAACUUAGAGAGCAUCUCUUUCUAUGAUAACAUUUUCCCUGAGGUGCCUCACUCUGCCCUGAGGAGUGCUAAAAACCUAAAAUUUCUGGAUCUGAAUAAAAAUCCAAUUUCCAGGAUACAGAGGGGUGACUUUGUGGAUAUGCUCCAUUUGAAAGAACUGGGGAUUAACAGCAUGCCAGAGUUAGUUUCCAUCGACAGCUUUGCCCUAAAUAACCUCCCGGAGCUAACAAAAAUAGAAGCCACCAACAAUCCCAAACUGUCCUACAUCCAUCCUAAUGCUUUCUACAAACUUCCCCGUCUGGAAACCCUAAUGCUUAAUGGGAAUGCGCUCAGCGCUCUCCACAGGAUUACUGUCGAGUCCCUCCCAAAUCUCAGAGAAGUUAGCAUGCACAGCAACCCCAUCCGCUGUGACUGUGUAGUCCGCUGGAUGAACAUGAACAAAACCAACAUUCGUUUUAUGGAGCCGGAUUCGCUCUACUGCGUGGAGCCGCCAGAGUACGAGGGCCAGCAUGUCAGACAGGUUCACUUCAGGGAGAUGAUGGAGAUUUGUCUGCCACUUAUCUCUCCGGAAAGCAUGCCUGGGCAUAUUAAAGUGAAGAACGGGAGCUCUGUGUCCCUCCAUUGUCGGGCCUUUGCUGAACCUGAACCGGACAUCUACUGGAUCACACCUUCUGGUACCAGAGUCCUGCCUAACACCGUAUCCGACAAGUUCUACAUGCACCCAGAGGGAACUUUUGACAUCUACGACGUAACAGAAAAUGAGGCUGGUCUUUACACCUGUGUGGCCCAUAAUCUUGUCGGAGCUGAUCUUAAAUCUGUUUCAGUAGAGGUGAAUGGAUAUUUUCCUCAACCUGAGAAUGGUUCUUUGAGCGUCAUGAUCAAAUCAGUGGAGAUUAACUCCAUCUUGGUUUCCUGGAAGACAGCUCCAGGCACCCUGGCAUCCAAGAUUAAAUGGUACACAGUGACAGAUGUUAAUCAUCCCACCACAGCCUUCACAACAAGGGUUCCUUCCGACGUUCAGGUCUACAACCUCACCCAUCUAAGCCCAGCGACUCACUACAAAGUAUGUGUGGAUGUCCGCAGCAUUCACUACAACCAUGACACCAACUGUGUCAAUGUCACCACCAAGGGAUUAGAGCUGGCAGUCAAGGACACGGAAAAAUGGGACGCAGCAGUGAUCACCGUGUUUGGUGUGCUCUUGGCGGUGAUUUCAGUGGCAUGCCUGCUUAUUUAUGUGUCUCUGAGGAACCACCACCUUUAUGGGGAUAUAAGGAAAUGCGAUUCCAAAGCUUCACUGACGCCGGUACAAGCCACCGGUAUGCACUCUCCUUUCUUUACAAAGCUGUGGGUUUCGGGUAAAGGCCUGCCAAGUGGAGUUGAAGUGAAAGCAACAGUGAUAAAUGUAUCUGACAAUGCCUUUUAGAAGUGCAGCUUUGUAGAGCACCACACACCAACCACACCGAACGGACGAGGCAAUGGGCAGGGGGGAGGGGUUUUCGGACGACGUGUAGGACUGUUUCAAAGGCAUACCCAUUGCUAGUCCCCUGCUCAGCUACAUCGCCUAAAGUAUUAUUGGCCUGGGAUGGAACAGUUCCAAAUAGACUACAUGCUCUCCCAGUUUCAACCCUAGCUGACGUGGUGGAACCAUGAAACCAAGCUCACAUCAACAGGAAGGGGCAUUUGCAGCAAAAAGAUCAUUCAUACAGAAACGCAGGCAGAGAAAGGAAAGUAAAGCUGGUACUGAGGAUGGUCAACUCUCUUGUAAUUGACUGUUAAAUGUGUUAAGAGUUGUGGAACUGUCUGUGUGGUCCCAAGCAAUACCGUCUGUGCUUUGUAAAACCUCCAUAGACGAGUUAGAGAUACAGUAAUAACACCUGUCUAUUACGGGAAGGGAGAUUUAGUAGAGUAGACAAAUAACAGUGACUAUGGUGUAAGCCUUUUGAUGAAAUAUACCCCCCUUUUUCUAUUUAAAAAUGGAUUCUUGAGUUUUCAUGGAAAUAUUGUUAUAUAUUCUAUUAUGUUGAUGUAAUGACAAAUCCUCUGUGUCUAAAUGGGUUUUAAAUUGAGGCAAGGAGCAGACUACUUUUGAUUACAACGUCACAUUAAGCUUAAUGAAAUUCAGCUACAAAAUGAGUAUCUAGAAAGGACAUUUGCCAAAUGGCUGUUUCAGCUGUGUAGUUCUCAUUGGAGAGUUUGGACUUUAAUCUAACAGGUUGAUUAAAACGAAGGUGAUGGAUGUGUUGUCCUCUCAAGAAGUGGUCUGUUAUGCCCUGGUAAGUGCCUACAACAAGAACUACAUGCGGUGAACAGAGAAGAAACUGAAGACAUCAGCCACAGUAAAACACGGCCAUCUCAUCCUCGCAGAAUCACAAGCUCUUCUCUUCUCCAGUACUUUUAGUGGAAAUACUUUCUCAGUAUUUUUAGCAUACAUAUUUUAAGGAAACAUUUCGUUGUUGCUUUGGAUGUAAAGUUAAAAAGCCAUUUUUAUAUUAACUGUACUAUAUGUGAUCAAUGGGCACAACAGACUAAUUAA